CCUCGACGCGCGACGACGACGGCGCGUUCGCGACGCGCUCGCGACGCGCGCCGCGACGAGGGUUUUCUCGCGCGCGACGACGCUCGCCGCGCGCGCGAUGGUGGCGACGCGCGCGCGACGGCCCGCGCGAUCGCGCGCGACGACGAAAACGCCUUUACGGCGUCGCGGCGACGUCGUCGUCGACGAUCGGGGCGCGACGGCGACGCGCGCGCGCGCGAGCGCGGGGUCGGGCGGGGCGCGGGCGAUGGGGAAGAAUAUCGCGCGCGCGCGCGUCGCGCGCGCGGCGCGAUCGGGCGCGCGAGGGCGCGGCGCGCGCGUCGGCGCGGGCGUUGACCGCGCGCGCGUCGCGACCGCGCGCGUCGCGCGCGUCGGCGCGGGCGAGGACGCGACGACGGCGCGCGCGAGGGCGCGCGCGAGGGCGCGCGCGGAGGGCGCACAUUUAACGUCGUUCGCGCGCGAUCGCGCGAUCGCGCGGCGCGCGCGGGCGACGACGGGCGCGCGCGCGAUGGGUGGGCACGCGCGCGCGCGCGCGGCACCUGGCGACUUUUUGGGCGCGAAACCGAGCACCCGAGAUUUCGCGCUGGAGGAUUUGUUUCGGGUUGAUUUCGCGAGCGGCGACGAGGGCGAGGGCGAGGGCGAGAAGCGCGCGACGAUCGACGGCGGGCGCGAGGGCGACGCGGUGAGAGCGGCGGCAACGCGCGAGGCGCGCGAGGGGCGGGCGGCGGCGGAUGAUUGGGACGCGCUCGCGCGCGCGUGGGACGAAGUCGAGGCGCGCGCGCCGGCGCGCGAUUACGCUUGGGAGGUGCUCAACUCUUUGCCGAGCGUGGGGGGGGAUAUCAUGACGUGUAAGGAGGAUGAGAUGGAUUGUUUCGCGUACGGCGGCGCGCAUUCGGUGCCGUACAUCGCGCCGGAGUGGCUCGAGCGUCCGAACGGGGACGUCGAGGAUGGCGUGAGCGAUAACGAAGACGAGGACGAGGACGAGGGCGACGCGCAUCGGUUUACUAAAGCCAUGCGCGAGAGUAGCUCUUUUUUGCUCGAUGAUGAAGAUGAGUUCAUGCGCACCGUUGAUGCGCCGGUGGAUUUUAUCACCGAACCCGAGGCUUUCGCGGCGAGGCGCGAGGCGCGGGCGCUCGCGCGAGACGCGCGCGAGCCAGCCAUCGACUUUGCGGUGAAGAGCGCGCUGCUGUGUGGCGACGAGGAAGAGGAUGAUUUUAGCGGGCAAGAUUGCAGCGCGAUGGCGGAUGAAUCGGCGUACGAGUUCCAGGAACAUUUCGCCACCGCCGCGGAUGGGCGCGUCUUUCGCGUCUCCAGCGCUCUCGUGACGCCGUCGUCGAGCGAACGCGCCAACGUCGAGGAUAGCGCGAACCAUCGAGGGUUGACGGAUAGCGAAGAUUCCGACGCCGAUCUCGUCGCUCACAGCGCGAAGAAGUCGCCCAAGCUCAUCGCGGGCUCGACGACGAAGCGUAAGCGCCGUCCGGAUGGGCGUGGUCGCCGCGCCAAGGCGUACAAGAAGAUUAAAAAGGACAAGGGCGUGUGCGCCACCGACGUCUACGUCAUGGCCAACGGCAAGAAGAUGCGUCGAGGUUGCUUGCACUGUGGGACCGUUAAAACGCCGCAGUGGCGCAUGGGACCCGAGGGUAAGAAGACGUUGUGCAACGCGUGCGGCGUGCGUUACAUGAAGGGUAUCCUAUGAUACGCGUUACGCGAGGGCACCUUUGCAAGUCUCGCCUCGGAAUAGAGAAGGAAAAAUUUUCAAGAAAUAAGUCUGGCAUAUGGUUGUUGUUUUAAUACAUCUAAAAAAUUAGCAUCU